AUGAAGAUCUUAACAAAAGAAGAGGAAGAUGCUCAUUACGCUGCCACCGUCAAGGGCGGCCUCAAGGGCGGCGCCUAUGGCCUCGGAAUCGGUCUCGCCUCUGCCUUCUUGCUGAACCACCGAUAUCCCUUCUUCCGCAACCUUACUCUCCCACUCAAGGCCUUCUUCGUCACCUCUAGUGCUACAUUCGCUUUAAUUGUCACUGCCGAAAACACUAGCCGACAAUUCGAGAUCAACCGUCUAAAAGCCAAUAUCACAUACCAAGACCGUACGGCUGCAAUUCUAGCCCAAAACAGGGCUAACAUGUCCCAGCAAGAGAAAAUGAUGGACUGGGGUCGUGAGAACAGAUAUAAAAUCGUCGGAGCCUCAUGGAUUGCCUCAAUGGCCGGAAGUUUGGCACUAGUAUACCGUGACAAGUAUCUGACUCGUGCGCAGAAAUUGGUGCAGGCUCGUGUCUACGCUCAGGGCCUCACUUUGAUGGUCUUGCUCGCCUCCGCUGCUUUCGAGAUUUCAGAUGCUAGGAGUGGGAAGAGACGAGACAUCAUCAUGGUACCUGAUCCAUCUGAUCCAACCGGCCAGAAGAUGAUUGAGAAGAAGGUACAUCAUGAACAGUACGAGGGGCAGGAUUUGUGGAUGGAUAUGGUCAAGGAUGAGGAGGAGAGGAUUAGGAGGAGAAAGGAGGCUGCUAGAGCUCUGGAAAGCCAGAAGCAGGAGGCUCAGUAA